AUGAAUUCAGAGUACCAGAAGCUGGCGGAUAUUGUCUGGCAAAAGGCCAGCAGCCACCCCAAGCUGCGCUAUCUCGUUGCCAUUGCAGGAGUCCCUGGUUCCGGAAAAACUACUACUGCUGAGGCCGUGGUCCGGCAACUCAAUGCAGCUCACAAGGUGCAUGCGAGCCUUCUCUCAAUGGAUGGAUUCCAUCUACCACGAGCGGAUCUGGAUAAACUCCCUAACUCUACGGAGGCAUACGUCCGACGCGGCGCACCAUGGACAUUCGACGUAGCACGAUUCGUGGGGUUCGUCGGCCGACUUCGAAUCUGGGCGGACAAGACACCAUUAGCAGCUCCAUACUCGGGAAUAUGGACUGAAAAUGAAGUCAUCCGAGCACCGACUUUUGACCACAAAGCCAAAGACCCCGUCGAUAAUGGCAUGGUCAUAACACCGGAUAUUUCAAUCAUCAUUGUGGAGGGUAAUUACCUACUUCUGGACGAGCCCGGCUGGAGAGAUCUGGCCGAGCUGGUCGACUUCAAGGUCUUUGUGGAUACCGAUCUACAGGAAGCGCGUGAGCGAACUGCCAAGCGUCAUGUACAUGCAGGGAUAGAAAAGAGCUUGGAAGAUGGAUAUAGACGGGUGGAUAGCAAUGACUAUCUCAAUGGGGUCUCGAUUCGUGGAAAGCUUCUCGCUCCGGAUAUGGUGAUCAAAAACGUGACGGCAAACUGCACAGAUUGA